UUGUAGGGCCAACUGGGAAAAAGGAAGAAAUUAGUGUCCAUUUUGAGUGGAGAUUGUGGCGAUGAAAGAAUCAGCUAAAUUGGUAAAGGGUUGGGUUUGAUCUUUUUGUUGGCAUGGUGGCUCAAGUUAUUGUCCUAUUUCAGUUUUCCUAGUUUGCGAGGGAGAGAUAGAGAGACGGUGGGGGUAGAGAGAAACGGGGUGGAGGUAGGGGAAAGGUAGCUGGUUUUUUUUUAUAGGUUUUUUUUUCUUUUUUAAGCUAUAUUAUAAUAAAAUAAAUAAGGGUUAAAAAGUUGUUUUAUAAAAGGAUAAACAUGUCAUUAAUAUUUUUACUAAAAUGUGGGUGAAAAAUAGGAUUUUUUUUUUUUUAUAACAUUUAAUCUUUUGCAAGUACUAAGUCUCAAAACUGCUAAUUUUAAAUAGGAGGAGAGAGAUAGUUACAUUUUUUUGCUAAAGGAACUUUCUCAAAAGUGAGAUUUCCAAAAGUAGGACUCUCCAUGUACUAUGUGUUAUCUCAUGUUUUGGCAUAAUAUUUUAUAAUGUUAGCAUAGAAAUCGAUUAAAUUGUGAGAUGAAGAGAGUCCAUGAGAAGUUCUAUUUUGAGGGAGUCCCCUAAUUUUUCUUAACUAUAAAAUUGCCUGGUUUGGCGACUCCAAUUGCAACAUGUUGUCUGCGUUUGUUUCCGUAUUUAAUUUCUUCUAAGUGAAGCAAAGUUCAGAAAGAGAGAAAAUAAUGGAGAUCAGACCGCACGAUGAAGAUGAAGUGCACGGGGCAUCACGGACCGGGAGUGUAGAAUCCUUAAACAGGUUGAUCGAAAAAGACCCAGACAUUUUUCUAAGCAAAGUUCAGAAAGAGAGAAAAAAAACAAUGGAGAUCACACGGCAUGAUGAAGAUGAAGUGUACGAGGCAUCACGGACUGGGGAUGUGGAAUACUUAAACAGAUUGAUUGAAAAAGACCCAGAAAUUCUAAGGAGAAUAUCCCUGCAGACCGGGAAAACCGGAACCCCCUUGCAUGUUUCGGCUUUGCUCGGCCACGCUGAGUUUACCAAAGCCCUUUGCACUAAAAAUCCCAAACUUGCAGAGCGGGUGGACGCCGAUGGACGCACGCCCCUGCACUUGGCUUCUGCUGAGGGCCACAAGGAGACUGUCGAAGCUUUGUUAUCUGUGUAUGCUGAUGCGUGCUUGCGUUGCGAUGAAAAGGGAAGAAUCCCUCUUCACUAUGCAGCCAUGAAUGGAGAAGUUGAGGUGCUCCAGAAGUUGAUUGAUAAGAAUCCUGAGUCCAUUUAUGUCAAAGUUGAAAACAGAUCGAAAGAAACAGUUCUGCACUUGUGUAUUAAACACAACCAGUUAGAGUGCUUGAAACUGUUGGUUGAAAGGGACGACAGUAAUCGCGAGUUCCUCAACUCAAGAGCUGGCUGUGAUGGUGGUGUGACCAUCCUGCACUUAGCUUUGAUGCUAAGGCAAAUUAAGACUAUACGUUACCUACUUUCCGUUGAUGCUAUAAGAGCAGAAGCAGUUGGUGUGAAUGGGAUGUCUCUGACCAUGUCAGAUAUCUUAGAGUACAGCAGCGUUGCAAGAGAGGACUUUAGCAGAAGCUUAGAAAUUCAACAGAUUUUGAUGGACGCAGGAUUAAUCAGAAGAGAAAAUAAUGAAAAUGAUAAUCCUAACUCAGCUGUCGCCGCUGCUGCUGAUGUUGUAUCACCAAGUCCAAGAAGGGUUGAGAAGAAAUGGUGGUUCUUGACAGAAUUGAAGAAGUGGUGUUUAUAUCCGCGUGAUUGGGUGAAGGACUUACGUGGCAUGCUGAUGAUUGUGGCUACGAUGAUCUCGACCAUGACUUUUCAAGCCGUAGUCAACCCACCUGGAGGUGUUUGGGACCAUAAUGAUACAAACACUACCCUUGGUAAUAUAACAAUUUGCAGUGAAUCGAGAGUGUGUAAAGCUGGAACUGCAGUGUUAAGCUACUACGGUAAAACUCCCCACGUUGACUUCGCCAAUUUCAUAGUACUCAAUACCAUCUCGUUCACUGCUUCUGUGAGUGUCACCCUUUUGCUCGUUAGUGGACUUCCUCUCCACAAUCGGCUCUCAACGUGGCUCUUAUCGAUGUUCAUGUGCUACGCUCUCUUAUUCUUGGCAUUCACCUACCUAGCGGUGCUGUCCAUAAUCGACCCUAAAUACAAUUCUUCGGUUUCUUGGGUCCCGCCAUUCAUUAUUCUUUUGAUUGCGUGGCUGGUCAGCUGUGUACUUCACGCUACCCGGUCCGCGUCCUGGUUAGCAUCAGUUCUCAAUAAUAUGAUCGGCUCUUUUUCACGUAACGAUGCAACGCGUUUUGAAGAGAAUGAUGCGCCUGCAGUUGUAUGAUUACUCUGCCGCAGUGUAUUUGCUUGAAAAAAUAAUUAACUAGGUUAUGCACCUUGUAUGCAUGUAGCAAUUAGGGUUUAGGGUAAUGAACUAGGUCAACGACGCUUUCUGUAUCGGGGUUGGUAAUUCAAGAGUGCUGCUUAGUUAUGAUAAAUAAUCCAUCUGCUAUGCAAAUUAGAAGUGUUUGUUGUCUUUAAUUUGAUGCUGGACGGUAGCUACUUUUUUAUUAUUAUUCAUUUAUGUCAUUUGCUAUCACAUUAGCAAACUAACAACUGUUCUCAUUCUCUCUACUAGUAGUUUGUUAUUAGUUAAUACAGUAUAAAUGGCUUUCCCAAAAAAAUAAUGCAGGAGCUCUGUAAAUCAAAUAUAUAGGAAAAAAAAAAUUAAAAAAAAAAAAGAAAAAAAUAGUGGUUUUUGUCUAACUCCAUGUGAGGAUCAAAUUUUUAGUCACAAUUCACAACCCAAGAGCCCUAUAAAUCAAAUUUACAUGAAAAGAUAAAAUAAGAAAGGUAAAUUACAGUCGAGUCAAAAAGUAACAUUUAUUUGAAAAGAUUAUUAUGGAAAUAGAUAAACAAACAAUGACAUUAAAAACCAAAUUGAUAAGGCAUUCAACAAUCAACAUAACCCACGAACCCAAAAACACCAAACCAUCAAUCAUGGAUCUUUACAAAUCAUACAACCUUUUUA